GCCGAGGAGAUGAGCGGGGGAGGCGGCGAGGAUGCCACAACAGAGCCCGCCGAAGUGAUUCACCAGCCUGCCCCCGAUGAGGCCAUGGAUGCCGAAGGGGAGUUCGCGGUGCGUAUGGUGGAAACCGUGGACGCUUCGUGGCACGAGGCCUGGGAGACCACCGCCUACGGGGACGCCGAGGACUUUGAGGGCGAAGAGCCGCCCGACCUUAGCCCCGAGGACCUUGCAGAGCUGGACGACCAGGCUGAGAUCGAGGAGCUCACCCGCCUGGAAGGCAUGAACGUGCUUAUGGAGCCGGACCCCAGGCAGUACCGCUGGGCCUCGGAUAUGCUCGAGGAGGACACCUUCAGCCCAGGGAGUGUGAGUACCUUGGCGCGUUUGGUGCCGCUUCUGGCCCAGAAGUGGGGCACCCCGAUCUACAUCAUGGACGUCAAGGACGCCUACCUGUGUGUUCCCCAGCCGGAGGACGAGCCUGUGGUUGUGACGGCCCGGUCCUACGUGAACAAGCGCCCAGAAUGGUAUCACCAGCUGGCCGGCGACCUCAACAACGCCAGCCUGGAAUCCAUGCCAGAGGUGCCAACUCUUUACAGAGCCAAUGGCAAGGAGGAGCGCUAUGUGGCACAGGUGCACGUGGAUGAUAUUAUGGCCACCGGGGAUGCUGAGCCCCACGGCCAGGUGGAGAAGAACCUUACGGACCGGUACACCGUGAAGAUUGCCGGCCCCUACCAGCAGCCCGGCGCCGGCGGGGACGAGUUCGAGUUUCUCAAGCGACGGUACCAGAUCCAGAGCGAUGGUUCCAUCACUGUUCGGGCCCCGGUGCGGCUGUACAACGACCUCUUCGAGCUGGCCGGCCGACCCAAGGUGAAAGCAACCCCCGGACCAAGCGGCCAAGACGAUAUGUUCGCCACCGACGCCACUGAGGAGCUGAACCCGCGCGAGGCCACAGCCUACAGGACUAUGUUGGGAAAGGUGCUCUAUAUGAGCAACGAGCGGCCGGACGCCCAAGCGGUUAUCCAGAACCUUUCCUCCCGGACGGCCAAGCCAACAGCCAAGGCGAUGAAGUUGAUGAAGCACCUGGUCGGUUACCUUUGGGGAACCCAGGGCUAUGGUGUUAACUUGUGCCUGGCCCCCGACAAGUCUGUGAUGAACUUCGCGCGCAGCAAGCUGACCCCCGACGAGCCCAUCACCGAGCACCUUGUG